AUCGCCCAGAGGUGGUGCGGAUACGGGGCUGGCGUGGGGGUUCCGAUGGGCGCGAGCGCCUCCGCUCCAAUCGACGUGCGCGUCACCGACCGCAAGAGCCUCAUAAAGGAGCAAUGCCUCAGGCGGAUGGACUACGAGUCGAUGCAGCACGCGUACAGGAUCGACAACAGGCCAACGAACAGAGGACAACUGUCUAUCCAGGAGAAGGCGAAGCUGGUGGACCCCAGCCUCUGCAAGGGCGGCGACAACUCCCUCCCGUUCAUGGAGGCCAGCAUCUUGCCGAUAGUGACGGCCUUCUUGUUCGGGGGAGCCCUGAUCCGCUGUUUCGAGGUGAGCCCUCUCUGGUUUGUGGUCUACUACAAGACGCUCGACCAGAUCUUCGCCAAGAUUGACAUGGGAUUCAAGCAGUUUUACGGCCACGCCCUCCACCUGGAGUACGCACGCACGGACUGGUCUCCUGUCCAUGUUGCCGAGGCGGGCAUCCGCAUCGACAGGAUUCUGAUAGCGCGCGUCACAAGCCUGCACGUGAACCGGUGCACCAAGGUCUCCUAUGGGUACGCCUACAAGGAGGUGUCCAAGAAGGGCGGCGCGGGCGAGCUCGACGGCACGGGCCGGCGGCCCUACGACGCCCCAGAGCCCCAGGAGCCGUACCAGUGCUCGUUCAAGUUUGACACGUUCAGCAAGGGCAGAUCGCGGUCCUUCUGGAUCCACAAGGACAUAUGCCGCUUUCACGGCGACGAGACACGGGUGGCGGCCACACAGAACGUUACUCCUGUGUGCGUCAACGAUCGCGUCGAGAUCGCCGUGAACCUCUUCAACGCCAUGGGCCUGGUUGACGUAAACCAAGUGCGCUGGCACCCGUUGGAGGUCUAUCCAAUGCACAGUCGCGAGUGCCCGAUCGAGCAGGAGAUGUUCGAUUGGUACGACCUCGACAGCUUCCAGUCGCAGAGCGUCGAGAGGCUACAGAUACCAGACUUCUUCAGCCCGCAGCUUGUCCACUGCUCCACCGAGUACGCAGGCAUCGACGUCGCCGUCAGCCGCACCAGGCUGCGGGCGGAGGCGCAGGGCGUGGUGCCCCAGGCGGACCGCAUCCUCGGCUCGCGCUUCGAGGUGCUGCCGAGGAGCAGCCCCAUCAUCCUGCCUCUCAAGCGAGUCGGCCUGCAGCACGACCGCUUCACAAAGAUCCAGUUGCGUCAGGGCGAUGACGUGCAACUGUACAUCAGCCAGGGGGGCAAGAUGACGUAG